CUAACAAGUGGUUAGCAGCGGUUAGCUGGGUUUCGCUUCCGUUUUGAGUGUAGUUCAUGUGUAAUAACUUGGAGUGUUUUGAAGUCUUCCGACGGAAUGUUUUGGGUGAGAUGCUCAAACGUGAACGUUAUCGGAUAUGUGUAAAGUUGGCGCCAGUUAAGGGUUUACAUUAUAUAUAAUGUUAACGUUAUUUAGCUAACUAGUAGCCCAGGACAGUGCGCUGUAUUUAUCUGCUUGGGAUGAGUGUUUUGAUGACUUUAUUUUGGGAAUUAAAGUGAAAAAAUACAUAAAUACGUAACUGCGGGACAAUCAUCGAUCAAAAACAUGCCAGUGAAAGGCUUAAAAACAGAUGUAACUCGCCUUUGAGCAUUCAUCGAUAGCUGAACGAGAAAUAGUAAGGCUGGACAGUCACAUGCACAGCUGUGCUUAUCUUUAGACUACUAUGCCAAAUGACUCAUCUUUACCAGAGCGUGAAAAAAGUUAAAGAAAAAUGCCUUGACUGUGCGCUCAGUUUGUGAGAAACUGCAGGAGCGACUUUGGAUUGUUUAUGAACUAUUCGCCAUGGCAAGUGCCUUAGCAGCAAAAAUGGGAUUCAACUCGCUGAUGAGAAAGCAAGCAAGGACCUUCAACGUUAGGAUCGGCACAAUGGAGUCCGACCUGGAGUUCAGCUGCGAGGUCAAGUGGAAAGGAAAAGACCUUUUUGACUUGGUGUGCCGAACUCUUGGACUGAGAGAGACGUGGUUCUUUGGGCUCCAGUAUAACAUCAAGGACACAGUCGCUUGGCUCAAGAUGGACAAAAAGGUUCUGGAUCAGGAGGUGCCGAAAGAAGAACCCAUCACCUUUCAGUUCCUGGCCAAGUUUUACCCUGAAAAUGCUGAGGAGGAGCUAGUGCAAGAUAUCACACAGCACCUCUUCUUUCUACAAGUGAAGAAGAAGAUCCUCGAGGAAGAGAUUCACUGUCCUCCUGAGGCGUCGGUUCUGUUGGCCUCGUAUGCCGUCCAUGCCGAGUACGGAGAUUAUGACCCUGCUGUUCACAAGCCUGGCUUCUUGGCCGAGGAGGAACUGCUGCCAAAGAGGGUGAUUAACUUGUACCAGAUGACUCCAGAAAUGUGGGAGGAGAGGAUCGCCGCAUGUUACGCAGAGCACAGGGGUAGGACGAGGGAUGAAGCUGAGAUGGAGUAUUUAAAAAUAGCUCAGGACCUGGACAUGUAUGGCGUCAAUUACUUUUUAAUCAGGAAUAAAAAGGGAACAGAUCUUCUUCUGGGAGUAGAUGCCCUGGGGCUGCACAUAUACGAGCCAGACAACAAGCUGACACCUAAGUGCUCCUUUCCUUGGAAUGAGAUCCGGAACAUUUCCUACAGCGACAAAGAGUUUACAAUCAAACCUCUGGACAAGAAAGCCAAUGUUUUCAAGUUCAACUCUUCUCGGCUGAGAGUCAAUAAGCUGAUCCUCCAGCUGUGUAUAGGGAACCAUGACCUGUUUAUGCGCCGGCGGCGGGUGGACUCGCUUGAAGUUCAACAGAUGAAGGCUCAGGCCAGAGAAGAGAGGGCGAGGAAACAGGUAGAAAGACAACGCCUGCAAAGGGAAAAGCAGCUGCGGGAGGAGGCUGAGAGAGCCCGGGAUGAAAUGGAGAGGAGACUAAUUCAGCUGCAGGAUGAGGCUCACAUGGCCAACGAGGCGCUGCUGCGUUCAGAGCAGACGGCGGACCUGCUGGCUGAAAAAGCCCAGAUCGCAGAGGAGGAGGCCAAGCUGCUGGCCCAGAAAGCUGCCGAAGCUGAGACGGAGAUGCAGCGUAUCAAAGUGACUGCCAUCCGUGGCCAGGAGGAGCGGCGGCUCAUGGAACAGAAGAUGCUGGAGGCAGAGAUGCUAGCCCUCAAGAUGGCUGAGGAGUCAGAAAGGAGGGCCAAGGAGGCUGAGCAGCUGAAACAGGACCUGCAGGAAGCCAGGAAUUCUGAGCGGAGGGCAAAACACAAGCUGCUGGAGAUUACCAGCAAGGCUGUCUAUAUGUCCCCAGGACUGCCACCUGACAGCAUGCCUCAAGAUGUGAGCUUCAGUAGGGAGAACCUCAGUUUUGACUUUAAAGAUACUGACAUGAAACGCCUGUCCAUGGAGAUCGAGAAGGAGAAGGUCGAGUACAUGGAGAAGAGCAAGCACCUGCAGGAACAGCUGAACGAGCUGAAGACGGAGAUCGAAAGUCUGAAGCUGAAAGAGAGGGAGACUCCUCUAGACAUCAUUCACAACCAGAACACAGAGCAGGGGACCAGCAAGCAAAGCAACUUCAAAAAGCUAACACUGCAGAGCACUAAGUCCAGGGUGGCCUUCUUUGAGGAACUUUAAACCGCAGAGCUGCAGAGAUGGGGAUGAACGGCUGCCAAGAGCCUCUUCUGUCUGCAUUCCCGGUCAGGUGAAAAGAGAGAUCACACUGCGAGACCUCACACUUCUCUUCCUCCUAAAAAACACUACGGACAAAAAAACAAAAAACAAAAAAAUGCUCGCUGCCUUAAUCUGAACCAAAUGUGGGUGCCUUGUAUGUGCACAAAUAAGAACGCAUGCCUAAUGCCCCUGCACUAAACCUUAGAUUCAUUCUUACAAUGAGUGUGUGUUUACAGUGAGAGUGUGUUUCAGACAGCACAGUCUCCGGGAAGUUUUGAAGUGAACUUGUGUGUGGGAUUUAUUAAUGUCAAAGAAUAAAGGUUGA